GAUUGUAUUUUGUGCGAUGCCAGAAGCUCAAAACAAAUAUUAUUAAAUCACAUAAUUGAAACAUUUACACAGAAUCAAAGCUUUAAAAUAUUAUAAAUUGAAAGAUAAUGUGCUAAGUAUUUGGACUUUAACGAAUUUCAUUAAUAGUUUAGUCGAUUUCGAUUCAACAUCUUAAUUUCUACGAGCGUAAAGAGAAAAAAAAUAUAAAACUUUUAAAAUGAUGAUGCCAGGCCACCCGAGUCAAAUGCAACCAGUUCAUCCAAUGCAUGGAGGGCCUCCUCUUCAAAAUGUUCCUCCACCAGCACAAAAUACUCAACAACAGUCUUCAAAUCGUCAAUCAGCGUCUCUUAAACCAAAUUAUACUUUGAAAUUCACGCUUGCUGGUCACAUGAAAGCAGUAUCAGCCGUGAAGUUCAGUCCCAAUGGUGAAUGGCUUGCAAGUUCAUCCGCUGAUAAGUUGAUAAAGAUUUGGGGUGCUUAUGAUGGAAAGUUUGAGAAGACCAUAGCCGGGCACAAGUUGGGUAUCAGUGAUGUUGCAUGGAGCAGUGACAGUCGUCUUUUGGUUACCGCUAGCGAUGAUAAAACAUUGAAAAUUUGGGAACUAAGCAGUGGAAAAAGCCUAAAAACUUUAAAAGGUCACAGUAAUUACGUGUUCUGUUGCAAUUUCAACCCGCAAAGUAAUCUUAUUGUAUCUGGAAGCUUUGAUGAGUCUGUUCGCAUAUGGGACGUUCGAACUGGAAAAUGUUUGAAAACUUUACCAGCUCAUUCUGAUCCAGUUUCAGCUGUUCAUUUCAAUCGUGAUGGAUCUCUCAUUGUAUCAUCAAGCUAUGAUGGUUUAUGCAGAAUAUGGGAUACUGCAAGUGGUCAAUGUUUGAAAACACUCAUCGAUGACGACAACCCUCCAGUUUCCUUCGUAAAGUUUUCACCAAACGGAAAGUACAUUCUUGCAGCUACUCUCGAUAACACUUUGAAGUUAUGGGAUUAUUCGAAAGGAAAAUGCUUGAAGACUUACACUGGACAUAAAAAUGAACGAUAUUGUAUUUUUGCAAAUUUCUCCGUUACUGGUGGAAAGUGGAUUGUAUCAGGAAGUGAAGACAACAUGGUCUACAUUUGGAAUUUGCAAAGUAAAGAAAUAGUACAACGACUUCAAGGUCAUACCGACACAGUCUUGUGUACUGCCUGUCAUCCCACUGAGAAUAUCAUUGCAUCAGCUGCUCUUGAAAACGACAAAACUAUCAAGUUGUGGAAGAGUGAUACGUAAAAUGAUUUAACGUUUUAUUUCAUUUUUUAUUUUAUAUUCAUCAGAAACAAACAAAUUAAUCAUCAAAGAUAAUGAAAGACGAUGGAAGGUAGAAUUCCACCUAUGAUUAAGAACUAAUAUAAUUAAAUAGUAUCUAAAUAUAACUGCAAAAAUGAGUUUUUACUGAAUCGAGAUAAAUUUUUUUUCGUCCUUUUCUUUCGUGUGAUCAACAAGUUAAAUGAAUUUGCUGUUCUUUUAUUGUCUGUAUU